AUGGCAAGUGAAAAAGCAUCUAUAAAUCCAUCCACCUCCGAAAGUAAUGUCUUCCGAAACUUAAACCAUAGCCCUACUUGUCCUAUUUUCCCUGGGAACAUUAAUAUCAUUAGAGAAGAAUUUGCACAUGCUUCUGAAGACCAGAACCCAGGAAAGAAAGCAUCCCAGAUCAUUACAGAUACGAUAGAUGGUGAUGAAGAUUUGGAAUUUAUGAGAGAAAUUGGAUUGAAUAAGAAAAGCGGACCGAACAAAGCAGUAUGCGAGAGACCGAUCACGAAUAAAAACACCGAUACUCAAGAGAGGGGUACUAGUCCAAUUGUAAUCAAUAAUGACGAUUUUGAGCAAACUCCAGUAAAAGACAACGACGAACGGGAUAUCUACAAAAGUUUGUUAGAGGAAUUAUUCACGCCUAUUAAGGGCGAAACCGUCGAAGCUAUUAUUGAUGAAGAGGAAAAUUCUCCACCAAAAAAUCUAUAUCAGAAAGCAUGUUGUGCCGAAAUGCGUGCGACGAAAGAAAAUCAGGAAGAAAUUAUAUGUUGGUAUUAUUAUGAAAAAGGGUUUGAGGAAAGAGUUGAGGAUAUAUUAAAAAACGAGAGGAUGUUAGAGAUCAAAUCGCGCGGAAUCGGAUUUAUAAUGAAAUAA